AUGUUUACUUCUCUCCCUCCCCCUCCCUCCUCCCCUGCGACCCAUUCCCUCCACGAGCCCCUCUCACCUGCCACAGCCUGCGCACAUGCUCCCGACUGCCGUGAUGCCGCUGCAGAGGAAGCUGUAGCAACUGCCAGCGCUGCUGUUGCUGCUGCUACAGCUGCCGCCUCUGAUGACCUUGCUGCCACUAUGCCUGGCGCCCCACCCUCUGCCGCGGCCGUGCAUGAGUCCACUGGGGGCAGCCCAUCAUCCCGUGGCUGCGCCUGCUGGACGCCCUCCCGCUCUCCCUCAUGCGCCCCGACGCCCACGUCGUCGCCUUCCCCCUGCUCCUUAACGCCCCCCCUUUUGCCUCACCCGUUCAUGUCAGAGAAAACCGCUGCUGCCUCACAGGCAGCUGCUGCCACGGAAGGUGGUGAAUGGAUCUGUGGUGGGGCGGGGAUGCCGAUGUGUGUAAGGGCCUAA